AUGACCGCAAUUCCAAUUCCCCUGCCAAACCAACGCUCCCACACCUCCGCUCCAAUCGACAUGCAGUCCCAAUUCAGCUACCCAGACUCCUACUCCUCUUCCUACUCCUCCUCACCCGGAAGCAUGGACUUCUUUUUCUACGGCGGCCAGCCCGUCUACGACACCCUCUGCGACCUCGACGCAACCAGUCCUUUCCCCAUGCAAGAGGUCACUCCAGAGCUCUACAACAUCACCAGCUCACCCUACACCUACCAGAGACCCCAGGACUUCCAACUGUUCGAGCGGCCCGCCAUGCCGCAGAGCGCACCCAGCAGCUGUGGCAGCAGCUACAGCGGCACCGGUAGCUACACCAAUAGCAGCUACAGCGGCAGCUUCAACUUCCCCUCGGAAGAUAUGGUGCUUCCAGCCUAUCCCACCGGCGAAUAUGAGUCGGGUGCCGAGUCACCAGUGCCUGUAUCUGUAUCCAAGCCUGCUAAGCCCUUCGGUUGCGACCACUGCGGACGCUCCUUCACCCGCUUCGCGGACUUGAAGCGCCACCAGUCCAGCGUCCACUACCCUGUUUUCCGUAACUGCCCCGUCGAGCACUGCUCGCGCAAGGGUAGCAAUGGCUUCCCGCGUCAGGACCACCUCGUCGAGCACCUGCGCUCCUAUCACCACAUGGAUGUGCCGAAGCGUGGUUCCUGCAAGCGGUCGGCGAAGCAGAUCUCAUGA